CCAGUGUCGAAAAUAGUUGCCGUCCCGUAUUUAUAGCUCCAGCGAUGUCCGCCCUAGCGUACAUAUCGGUGUACUUGUGAAUUGUGCCCCCCAGAGCGAUGCACAACAACGUUGUCACGAUCGAGCCGCUGUCGUGGCGAUAUCGAAUCGAGCCGGUCGCGUCAGGCGGCGCGAUCUUCACGGUGCCGUGCCACAAGCCAACGGCCCAAGUCGUGUUCCUGUCGGUUUUCAUGGCCAUUUGGCUUGGCAUGGGCAUCUUCGCAUGGUUGGGGACGGGGAGUCCCAUUCCGAUGAUCAUGACGCUCUUUGGCGCCAGCUUAUUGGGAUGCAUCAUGGCGGCCAUCUUGACCGGGGUCGAGUACGUGACGGUCACCCCCACCGUGUUCACGUACAAGUGGAAAGUCCUGUGCUUUGAACGCACCAAGCACUUUGGGACACAGCACAUGGGCCGGGUGCACACGAUAGUCAAGAUGGGCGGCAGCCGGAGCCGUCCGUCCGUUCGACACCUCCUCGGGUUCCAGUACGGCGGUGCAGUCGUCGAAUUCGGUUACUGUUUAGCCCCAAACGAAGUCGAACCGUUCAUGCUCGAGUUGGCAAAUUUUCUCGUGGACCAUGCCAAACCAAUAGCGUUGGGCGCCCCGUCCCCACAAAACCCGACGUUCCCUACAGCGUGGGCGGCGCCCCCCGUCGCAAUUCAAGUCGCCCCCUCGUACGACUCGCAGCAGAAACAGAACGACUACUAACAUAUCAACAAAGGUCGUCGCCUUGCCUUCGCAGA